AUGUGGAACUGGGUCAGUGCCCACUUGGGCAUGGAGCACGAGCUUUUGACGGGCUCCCUUCCGUGGGACGAGGAGGAUGAGAUUGGCGAGAAGAUCGUCCGGAAGGUGGCCACCUGCGCGGAGGAGCUCGCUGAAGAAUGCCCGCGGCUGGGGUCCUUCUGGGACCACUGCCGUGGGCUAGGGCCGGAGGAGCUGGCGGAUUACGGCCUCCUCCGGAGCCCGGAUCUUUUGAGAACAUGUGCGCAGGAAAGCAACCGGUUUCGCGAAACCACUUUGCGGGCCAUGUGCGAGUUGGUGCAGAACAUGCACAAGAAGUAUCAUGAUUGGACUGCUUGCGAGGAAGAUUUCCUGUCGAAAUAUGGUGCAGCCAAGAUCCACCACAUCCACCUCAAAGGCGUCUUGCACCCAGAUAUCGGGCCUGAAAAAUUUCCUCCUAAAGGCAAGAUAGCAUGCGAAGAGUGGAAUCCAUAUAAGGUCAAUGCCCACUUGGGCGUGGAGCAAAGCUUCCGGGACGAUGCGGAGUCCCUGUGCUAUGCUCCUUGGCAAGGAUGGCUACGCUUUUUGGAACUUGGUCUGGGGUUCGUGCGGUCGUGGCACAAAGGUUCUUCUUUACCUCCUGACGGGCUCCCUUCCGGAGCUGGCACCCAGCUUUUCUUCCGAAGAUUGAAGCGGUCCAGGGAUUGGCCAAAAGAUCAUGAGGAGUUCAUCACUGCGAUGUGCUUGUUGUCAACGCCUGCUGGCAGGAGCUCGCUGAAGAAUGCCCGCGGCUGGGGUCCUUCUGGGACCACUGCCGUGGGCUAG